AUGGACACAGUGCAAGCGAAAAUGAUAAUUAGCGUGAUAUUCUUUUGUUUAGUGACGGGUGCGGUGCAUACGGAAGCGCCUGUAGAUGCCUGUUUCCGUGUGCCCGUAAAGAACAGUGUGGAGUGCAAUGUACGAACUCUGUCGGCGGACCGGGAUGUUGUUGGUUCGAUGCACUCGGACGGCGCGAAGAGGCUUGCGAUCCGCUGCGGCUCUGAUCACCUCGAGAGCACGCUUAAAGAUCACUACUUUGUAAAAAUGCAAGGUUUGAUGGAAAUAGUUUUGACCGAUUGCAAAAUACUUCGCCUGCCAGGUAACGUCUUUGAAGGUCUACGUGGAUUGAAAACUCUGGAGCUACGUACCAUGAACAACCAUUGGGGCCACAAUAAAGAAUUAGAAUUAUCUCUUGGUGCCUUUAAUGGUUUGCGAGAACUUCACACUUUGGACCUGGGGUAUAACAAUAUAAGAAAAAUACCAGCUGACCUCUUUUGUGCGUUGGAAAAUAUUAUUUCGCUUAAUUUAACGCGAAACAAAAUAAAGUUUGUCGAUGAAUUGGGAUUCGGACACAAAUGUGGUUCAAUACUUCAAACUAUCGAUUUAAGCUACAAUGACAUCAUGUCUUUGCCAGCUGACUCUGAAAUAUUACAUCUGCGGAGGCUAAAUCAGUUAUUCUUACAAAACAAUAAAAUAAGUGAACUGCCGGCCGAAGUUUUUAGCGACCUGCUUUCGUUAAAAGUUGUAAAUCUAUCGGAAAAUGCUAUAAAUUACCUACCGGAAGGUUUAUUUCAGAAUACAAAGGAAAUUCGUGAAAUUUAUCUUAACUAUAAUGAUUUGGAAAUAUUACCGAAGAAAUUAUUUAAUAGACUGGAACAAUUAGUUGUGUUAGAUCUUUCAGCGAAUAAAUUAAAGGGCGACCAUAUAGAAGAUGAAACGUUUGGAGGUUUAAUAAGAUUAAUUGUGCUUGACUUGUCCCACAAUGCCCUAAGUGGCGUUACUAGAAACAUGUUUAAAGAUUUAUUUUUUUUACAGAUUCUUAACUUAAGCAAUAAUUCGAUAAGUUUUAUUGAAGAUAACGCAUUUUCACCAUUAUUUAAUCUGCAUACCUUAAAUUUAGGACUCAAUAAGCUUCAUUCUAUCGGAGAUCACGUUUUUAAUGGCCUUUUUAUUUUAAAUAAAUUAAAUUUAAACAAUAAUAUGUUAUCAUCCAUUGCCGUUGACGGGUUUAAAAACUGCUCGGAUCUUAAAGAAUUAGAUCUUAGCUCUAACAAAUUGUCGAAAGUUCCAGAAGCCAUAUUACAAUUAUCGUUUCUGAAGUCAUUGGAUCUCGGAGAGAAUAUAUUGAUAGAGAUAUCAAACAACUCGUUUCAAAACUUAUCUCAGUUGACUGGUUUGCGUUUAAUCGACAAUCAAAUUGGAAACCUUACUGCGGGAAUGUUUUGGGGCUUGCCUAGCCUCCAAGUCCUCAAUUUGGCAAAAAAUAAAAUACAAUCUAUUGAGACCGAAACCUUUCAAAAGAACCUGCAAUUGGAAGCCGUUCGAUUGGACGGCAACUUUAUUUCUGAUAUAAACGGGGUAUUUGUGUCACUAACAAAGUUGUUAUGGCUUAAUCUAUCUGAGAAUCAUUUAGUAUGGUUUGAUUAUGCUUUCAUUCCAUCUAGUCUAAAAUGGUUGGAUAUACAUGCUAAUUUUAUAGAAGUGUUAGGUAAUUAUUAUAAAAUUCAAAAAGAUUUGCAUGUUAAGACGUUAGAUGCGAGUCAUAAUCGUAUAGUCACACUGUCUGCUUUAUCCAUACCAAAUAGUGUCGAGUUACUCUUUAUCAAUAAUAAUUUCAUUUCUAGCGUGGCACUCGAUACAUUCUUAGAGAAGAGCAAUUUGACACGGGUUGAUAUGUAUGCCAAUGAAAUUGAAAGUUUAGAUAUGAAUAGCUUACGUAUCUCUAGAGUUGAUGAUAAAGCUUUACCCGAAUUCUAUAUCAGUGGAAACCCAUUUAAAUGUGACUGCACGAUGAAAUGGUUGUUACUUAUAAAUUCUCUAACAUCAAAUCAAUACCCGCGCGUAAUGGAUUUAGAUAAUGUUAUAUGUAAGGAAUCAUAUGUUAGAGGUGUUAAAUUUCAUUCUGUUAGUUCAUUUCAUACAAAAGAUUUUCUUUGUAAAUAUGACAGUUAUUGUCCAGAAGAUUGUCAUUGUUGCGAUUUUACAUUUUGCAAUUGCAAAACGGUAUGUCCAAAUAACUGUUCAUGUUAUCACGAUUCAACAAAGACCACAAAUGUUGUCGAUUGUUCUGUAAAACAAUUGAAUAUGGUGCCGCGGGAAUUCCCGACGAACGCAACGCAUAUUUAUUUGGAUGGAAAUCAUUAUAAUGAACUUAAUGAAACCGUUUUCGAGUACAUGCGUAAAUCAAUAGUUCUAUAUUUAAAUUCUAGUAAUAUUAAUACAAUACAAAACAAUACAUUUCGUGAACUGAUUGACUUAAAAAUACUUCAUUUGGAAAAUAAUAAAAUAAAACGUCUGCAGGGGCUCGAAUUUGCUAGGUUGAAUAACUUAAAAGAAUUAUAUCUUCAGAAUAAUUUAAUCGAGUUCAUAUCAAACUCAAGUUUUUCUAUGCUCAGUGCCCUUGAAGUGUUACGAUUGGAUGGUAAUAAAUUAAUCAACUAUGGCUUGUGGCAUUUAGAUAACAAUAAAAAAUUACAAUCCUUAUUUUUGGGAAAUAAUUACUGGUCUUGUCACUGUAAAUAUUUACAGGGAUUUCUGAUUUACAUUUCACAGAACGUUGAAAAAGUAAUAGACCUCCAUAAUCUGUGGUGCUUGAAUGAUAAUGUAAGCCCAGCAAAGAAGCCAUUGAAUUUAAAUGUGACAGUGUGCAGCGAAAUAAGUGAUAGCUCAAUGAUAAGCGCCUUCUUCGUUUCCCACAACAUACCAUUACUAGCGUCGGCUCUCACUGGCUUCAUGCUGAUUUUAUUAAUAUUAGCUUUAGUAUUCACAUUUAGAUACGCUUGCAGAAUGUGGUUGUAUUCUAAUUGCGGUAUUAAGCUUUCGCCCUUAGCGGGCGCCUUUAACGACGCUGAUAAGCUUUAUGACGCUUACAUUUGUUAUAGUCCCAAGGAUGAGGAAUUUGUCGUGGAGUCUUUAGCGCGGGAGCUGGAAAACGGUUAUCCCUCAUACCAUUUAUGUCUACAUUACAGAGACGUACCGCAAUUUGAAGCAACAUAUGCUCAGUUUCCCGAUUUGGUAGUCGAAGCGACAGAGGCGUCGAGACGUAUUAUAGUGGUAUUAUCUAAAAACUUUAUAUUAACUGAAUGGUCACAAAUAGAAUUUAGGCAAGCGUUACAGAGAGCUCUUCGUAAAAAUCCUCAUAAGUUAAUUGUAGUCGUCGUAGGGCUACUAGCUCGAGAUCCGGAAUUAAAAUCAUAUUUCAAAAGUGGUUUGGAGAUAACAUGGAAAGAGAAAAGAUUUUGGGAACGAUUACGAUAUGCGAUGCCGUCAUGUAAGCGACGCGGGCACAAAUUGAAGAGGCUUAAUUAUGGAAGAAAUUCCAACACGUACACAAUGGACGCGUCGGUGCUAAAUAGUACCUGUCAAACGCUGUGCGGCAAAUCCGCAAAUUCAGUAGAACGUUCUCCUUGUGACAGGCCGUUGUCCGAGCACAUAUAUUCCACUAUAGAUUCGGAUUAUUCGUCAAACGAUUUCCAAGGCCGCCAUAAUCACCAACAAUCAGUGGUCUUGCAUCACACAGUUCAAACGUACCUGGUCUAA